CAAUCGUCCCAACAAUCAAUUCUCACACAAAAGAGACAGAUCUGGUUCCGUUAUAACACAUCGUACCAAGAGAGCUUCGAAAGGUCUAGACUUUACUGUCUCCUAUCUUUCGGUAAGAAAGCUACGAGCGAAAUCAAAAAGAUGAAGGCGGCGCAGAAGCCAAUCCACGCCGUGACGACAUGGGUUCGCCGGCAACCACCAAAGAUCAAAGCUUUUCUCGGUGUUGUCUCCGCCAUGACUGCUCUCGUUCUCCUAAGAAUGAUUGUUCACGACCACGACAACCUUUUCGUCGCCGCCGAAGCUGUCCACGCCCUUGGAAUCUCCGUUCUCAUCUAUAAACUCACAAAGGAGAAGACUUGCGCUGGAUUGUCAUUGAAGUCUCAAGAGUUAACAGCUCUGUUUUUAGCCGUGAGAUUGUAUUGUAGCUUUGUGAUGGAGUUUGAUAUCCACACGUUGCUUGAUUCGGCUACUUUGGUGACUACCCUUUGGGUUAUUUAUAUGAUCCGUUUCAAGCUUAAAGCUAGUUACAUGGAAGAUAAAGACAAUUUUGCAAUCUACUAUGUCGUUGUACCGUGUGCUGUACUUUCAGUUUUGAUUCACCCAUCAACACAUCAUCAUAUAAUCAAUAAGAUCUCUUGGGCCUUUUGUGUUUACCUUGAAGCUGUUUCAGUCCUUCCUCAACUUAGAGUCAUGCAAAACACCAAGAUCGUGGAGCCUUUCACAGCACAUUAUGUAUUUGCCUUGGGGAUAGCUAGGUUCUUGAGCUGUGCACAUUGGGUUCUUCAGGUUUUGGACACUCGAGGGCGGUUACUGACUGCUUUGGGAUAUGGGUUUUGGCCUAUAAUGGUCCUCGUCUCUGAAGUCAUACAAACUUUCAUUCUCGCUGACUUCUGCUACUACUAUGUCAAGAGUUUGAUGGGUGGCCAGCUCGUUCUUCGUCUGCCGUCAGGUGUUGUGUAAAAUCUGUUGAAGAAGAGAGAAGAAGACACGGUGUGGCUUUUGAGCUUAUGGUAUGGAGUUUGGCUCUACGUUUUUUUCAGGCCAUCGUUUUAGUCUUCUGUAAACUACUCUUUACCUAAGUUUUAUGGUUCUUUCUUGUGACUGUAAAGGAAAAAGGGAGUUGAUUUAGAGAUUUUUGACUAUAUCAAUUUAGUACCUUUCAGCUUUUAAUCUCUUGCUAUAUGUUUAGCUUCAUAUAAAAUUUAGAUGGUACUUAUAACAGAACUAUGUUUUGGUGUUUGUUUGAGAGAAGAAAAACAAAAACUUUAGUAGUAGAG